AUGAUCAACUUAUGCAUGGAUACUAUCCUAAUCAACUUCAUUCUUCUCUCCAUUUCUGUAGCAUUCAUUUUAAUAUCACUGCUAUGGAAGCAAUCGAAAUCAGCCCAGAAGCAGGUACCUCCAUCCCCGCCGAAGUUACCUUUUAUCGGACAUUUGCAUCAUUUGGCAUGUGCUCCACCCCAUCAUGCACUCAGGAAAUUGUCCCAGAAAUAUGGUCCUCUGAUGCACUUGCAGCUGGGAGAGAUUCCUGCUAUCGUUGUAUCAUCGCCGCGAUUAGCUAAAGAGGUAAUGAAAACUCAAGAUGUAGUCUUUGCGGACCGGGGAAAAUUCCUGGCAGGAAAAAUCAUGUGCUACAAUUUCACUGAUAUUGCUUGUGCACCAUAUGGAGAAUACUGGAGACAAAUGCGCAAAAUCUGCACUUUGGAACUCCUUACAGCUAAAAAUGUCCGGUCAUAUGGCUCAAUUAGGCAGGAGGAGGCUUCGAAUCUCAUCAGAUCGAUCGAAGCUCUAGCUGGCAGUUCUACACCAGUUAAUUUGACAGAGAAACUGGCACAAUACACAAGUUCCAUGGUGGUCAGAGCAGCAUUUGGGAAAGUUAGUAAAGAUGAUCACAAUGCAUUCUUAAAGCUAAUCAAGGAAGCAUUGCCCCUUUCCAGCGCCUUCGAAAUUUCUGAUCUCUUCCCAUCGCUGAAGAUCCUCCAUCCUUUCUUUUCCAUGGAGAGUAGACUGAUGAAGAUCCACCGGAAACUCGACACUGUGAUGGACAACAUUAUUGAUCAGUACCUCAACAAAGACUUAUCAACAUCGAAAACAUGUGAUGAAGAUCUACUUGAUGUCCUGCUGAGAGUCAAGCACAGCAAUGACCUUCAACUUUCAAUUACGAAGGAUAAUAUCAAGGGUGUUAUGCACGAUAUGUUCACAGGAGGAACUGAAACUUCAUCCUCCACAGUGGAGUGGGCAAUGGCCGAGUUGAUCAGGCAUCCUGAAGUUAUGGCCAAGCUACAGAAUGAGGUAAGGAUAGCUUUCAGAGGAAAGAAAACAAUUGAAGAGGCUGACAUCCAAGAAUUGACCUACUUAAAAUCAGUUGUUAAGGAAACACUCAGGCUACACCCUCCAGUUCCUCUUCUGGUUCCAAGAGAAAGCAGGGAACAAACUGAGAUUGAUGGUUAUAUAUUCCCUGUCAAAACCCGAGUCUUUGUUAACGCCUGGGCGAUUGGGAGAGACCCUGAGUCUUGGGAUGAUCCCGAGAGUUUCAAACCAGAGAGAUUUGAAAACAGUGUCACAGAUUUCACCGGAAACCAUUUCGAGCUUAUACCGUUUGGUGCUGGAAGAAGGAUGUGCCCUGGAAUAACAUUUGGCCUUUCAAAUGUCUAUCUUCCAUUAGCUCUAUUACUCUACCAUUUUGAUUGGAAACUUCCGAAUGGCCUCAACCCGAAAGAUUUAGACAUGGCAGAGACUGUUAGCAUAACUGCAUCAAGAGCAAAUCAGCUUCUCUUGAUCACAAAAUUGUAUGAGCCUUCCCUUUGA